CAUUUUGACAAUCGCUCGCCCUCCAACACUAUUCUGUACUGUUUUUUGUAUACACUGCAUUCGGGAAUACAUAAAUUCUUUUACAUAUUACUACAAUGUCUGCAUAAUUUAGAAUAAAAAUAUACUUAGCUAAAAUAAAAACAUUCGAGGCAUAAUCCAAAUAAAAUGGACAGCGCUCAGCAAGCGACAGCAUUAGAAAAAUGGGGAUUUCCUUUGUUGGAACUUUAUCGUCUGGCGCUGAAUUUCUACAAACAAAAUUCAGGCAAGGCAUUACACCUUUCCUAUGAGGAUAAUUUAAAAUUAAUUGCCUUUAAGCAACAAGCCACAAUGGGUCCGUUUGACGCCAAAAACGCACCUGAAUUGGGUGUACUCGACGUCAUUGGUCGGGAUCGGCGCAUGCACUGGCAGCUUCUCGGGGACAUAAGUAAGGAGCAGGCUAUGGAAGGUUUCAUCGAUCUAAUGGAUAAUAUGUGUACUGCUUUUCGUCCAUAUAUCGAGGCCGUUAAGCAAAAUCGUGAUGAAAAAUUAAAAGAUGAACUAAGACGCAUGGAAGAGGAAAAACUGGCGAGGGAAAAGAAGGAACGCGAGCAAAAGGAAAUUCUAGAAGAGGGCUAUAAAGAGGAAAUGCAACGGCGUCAACUGCAAGAUGCGUUGAAUAAGCAAACUUUUCUGCAAUUUAAGAGUUAUGCUGAGAAACAAUUUCCUGGCAAUCCCGACCAACAGGCUAUACUUAUAAGACAACUGCAAGAGGAGCAUUACCAUCAAUACAUGCAACAGCUGCAUAUGCACAAUAAAGUACAAAUUGUUAUGGAUCAAAAGAAUAUUAGCGGUGAAGCGAGCGAUGGUGGCAGUAAGUUAUUGUCUAACCAAAUUGGAGAUACUGCUAGCAACUCAAGUGCAUUGGACGAAAUUCCCAGCGACGAGCAACAGCAAGAUGAUAGUAGCCAAAAUGAUUUUUUAAUAUUAGAACCUGCAAGAAUGUGGACGCGUCCAGAUAUUGAAGAAUUUAAACUCCAAGUGUCGAGCUGUGAAGGAGACGGCGUGCUACGUUUGGAACAUGGCGAUUGUGUAACGGUACGCGUACCAACUAUACCAAAUGGUAAAAGCAUUUACUGGGAGUUCGCAAGUGACAAUUAUGAUAUUAGUUUCGGUGUAUUUUUUGAAUGGAGUAAACCAACAACAACAGAUGUCGUUGUGCAACAAAGUGAUAGCGAUGCAGAUGAGGAUGAUGUGCCUGAAGAUGAUACCGUUUCAGCAAACGAAGAUCUAGAAAGCGGUUCUGUGAGUAGGGAUCUUGAAUUAUUGGAGGAAAGCAAUAACUCCAAACCAUUUAUAACUCCCAUAGUGCCUGAAUAUCGGCGCGAUUGUUUCAAUGAAGUUUACGUGGGUUCACAUACGUAUCCGGGAGAGGGAGUAUAUCUGUUGAAAUUUAGCAACCGCUAUAGCCUCUUUCGUUCGAAAACUGUUUAUUAUCGUAUAUAUUAUGAACAUUAAUUUAAUAAAUGGCCAAGUACCUGUGCCGAAUUGAAUUGUUAAUGUGUAAAUUUGAAUAAAUACCUAGAUUUACUGAUUGUAAAA